GCAGAGCAGUGUGAGCACAGACAAUCAUCACCAUGACUAUGGGCAGGAUCACCUUCUACGAGGAGAGGAACUUUGGAGGUCGCUCCUAUGACUGCAGCAGCGACUGCGGGGACCUCAGCUCCUACAUGAGCCACUGCUACUCGUGCAGAGUCCACAGUGGCUGCUUCAUGGUCUAUGACCGUCCCAACUACAUGGGGAACCAGUACUUUCUGAGAAGGGGCGAGUACCCUGACUGCAUGAGCAUGGGAAUGAAUGAUUUCUUCAGAUCCUGCCGAAUGAUUCCCAUGUACAGGGGAUCCUACAGAAUGAGGAUUUACGAGAGGGAGAACUUUGGAGGUCAAAUGUAUGAGAUGAUGGAUGACUGCGACAACAUCAUGGAUCGGUACCGCAUGUCCAACUGCAUGUCCUGCCACGUGAUGGAUGGCCACUGGCUCAUGUAUGAGCAGCCCCACUAUAGAGGCAGGAUGAUGUACUUCAGGCCUGGAGAGUACAGGAGCUUCAGCAGCAUGGGAUGGGGAAGUGGCAUGAGGUUCAUGUCCAUGAGGCGUAUCAUGGAUUCUUGGUAUUGAAACAA